CUGCGGCGCUGAGUUACAUCUGGAAUACAGAGGAGUCGCGGUUGGGGGAUCUAUAGUAGGAUAGUAAAAGGUGCCUGGCGUUUUCUUCUCCGCUCCUGCUCUUUAUUUUCUCCGUUUUCCGAGGAUUAUCUUAUCUGUUGCUUCACUGUCGACAUCACCAUGCUGGCUGUUCUGGCUGGAGUUGUAAUCUUGCAUCUCACGGAAAUUAUCAUUCUCAUCAUUUCUACAUCCGUGAACGCCUGGAGAACAAACAAGGAGGCAAGCUUUGACCUGUGGUACAAAUGCUCAAUGCUCAAUGCAGGGUAUCGCUGCGAGGGUUCCAGUGAUGCAGACUGGCUGCAGGCAGUGCAGGCUCUGAUGGUGCUGGCCACACUCUUCUGCAUGCUGUCCUUCAUCUUCUUCCUGUGCCAGCUCUUCACCCUGGUCAAAGGUGGACGUUUUUUCUUCACUGCAGUCUUCCAGGUCCUUUCCAGUCUCUUCGUGAUGAGUGGAGCUAUAAUCUACACAGUGAUGAGUCCAGACGAGAAAGACGGCAGCAAUUCGUACGGCUACGCCUUCGUUCUGGCCUGGCUGGCGUUCCCUCUCACUCUGAUCAGCGGCCUCAUCUACAUCAUUCUGAGGAAGAAGGAAUGAGGGCCGGGCAGAGGACCCACCCACGCCCCCACCACUGAGAACCAAGCUCAGUCCACAGACUCAAAUGGCCUCCUCCUCCCGGCCUGCGUAUUACUGCCAAAUGUGAUCAUGGAAAGUGACAAAGUCAUGAAGCUCCAACGUUCUGACGACCCAUCGAGGAUGAUGCGCUAUGCCGUCUGUGGCUGGCGAUCCUAUUUAUGUCACUUUUCACACAGCUUUUUGUAAAUAUGAAUGUUGAAAUAUUGUCGAUGAAGGCCACGCAUUUUGAAGACGUCCGCAAACGGAGGAGAGGAACGGAGGACGAGUAUACGUCAACUUUUUACGCUUGUGUCGUGUGUUUUACCCAAUAUCAAAUAUCUCGUAUCUAAUAGAAGUACGUUCUUGAAGGGAAUUUGUUUGAUAACGACUUGAAAUUGUACGUAACUUUGUGUAAUAAACCAAAAAGAGUCUUGUGAGUAUUUUAUGUUUUAUGUUUUGUUGUUGUUUUAUUUUUUUUAUUUUUUUUUUAUGAAAUGGUGCUAUGUUUUUUUUGUUUGUUUUUUUAGUUUUGCCUUCACUAAAUUUAAUAGACAUACUAGACAUACCUGUAGGCUGAAAGUCUGUUUCAAGCAGAAUCAUUUUAUAUUGUGUAUUUUACCUGUGCCCAAAUAUGCCUUUUAAAAAAAAAAGCUAAUUGUUUCUUUCUGUAUUCCUUUUUUAAUAAGCCAAAAAUAAAUAAUAUCUAAUUUUC